AUGGAAUCUGGAGAGGAGGUCACGUCUCCUGUUUAUGCAGUGUAUUACCCAGGGGAUAUCGCGAAAUCGCCUCGGAAUAUAUACUCGACACUCAAAGAAGCUGUGAAGUUUGCUAAUUCGCCCGAGGGAAAGUCCAAUGGCGCUCGUUUCAAUCGUUUUGGCACCCCCAAACAAGCUAUGGAAUUCUUUGCAUCUGGUGAAUGUCGUAGUCCUCAAUGUUCAACGUCAACACCGUCCGUGCCAUUCGAACCGGUGAUUCCACAUCCUUCCGUUAGUCGACUGCAAAUGAAUGAUUUCAAAAAAGCUAUCGAAAAGGGCACUAUCGAAGCUGUGACCGAACUGAUUGACACUAACCCUCGAUUUUUGGUGAACACAAGUGGUGAUACAGCUGCUAUAGUCAUGGUAUGUUUUGGAAAGUUCUAG